AUGCUGGCGACUCAUCUGCCGUCGCGCGAGUCGAUGGCGUUGGCGGUGAUGGGCGGUGGCAGUGAUCCGCCGGCGCUCCCGAAGCGGUUGCCGUGGCUCUCGUUUGCGCCGGCGUACGAGCCGACGCUUGUGGUGUACGCGUACUAUGAAAAUGUCAAGCACGGGUACGAUGCUAAUCUGCGGUAUCUGCUCGCCACCAUUGCGCCUGAUGACGGCGUCGACUACGUGUUUGUGGUCAACGGCGUGUCCAGCCGCAUCGAGUGGCCGUCGUACGAGAAUGUGCGAGUGGUGAGCAAGGGUAACGAGUGUUACGACUUUGGCGGCUAUGCCGCGGGCCUGCUGGCGGCGGCAGGCAUGUCGUCGGCGUCGGUCGUCGACGAUGCUGCCGAACUCUCGGUCGCGCUCGCGGCCAAGUACUCGCGGUUUGUGCUGAUGAACGGCUCUGUGCGUGGCCCGUUUGUGCCGGCAUAUGUGGGUAGGGAGCUUGGGCACUGGACCGACUUGCUGGGCUCACUCCUGAGCCAGACGGUCAAGCUCGCGGGGACGACGAUCAACUGCCAAUGCGCGCGCAAGCCCGGCAGCGACGACCGGUGCUCGCCGCAUGUCCAGUCGAUGGUUCUUGUGACGGACACGAUUGGGCUCAACGUGCUCCUUGCUUCGGGCUCGGUCUUCAAGUGCUACACCGAGAUCUACGACGUGGUCUACUACUCGGAGCUUGGGGCGUCUGCGGUAGUCCGCGAGGCCGGCUACGACAUUGCCUCGCUGCUGAUCAAGUACGACGGAGCCACGUUUGUCGGACCGGACACGAUGGCGUGCAACGCCAAGGGCAAUCCAACAUACCAGAACCACUACGACGGCAACAUGCUGCACCCGCUUGAGGGCAUGUUUGUCAAGUCCAAGGCCAAUCAGUCGACGCUGGCCGACAUGGUCGCGCUCCUCUCGCCGCCUGAUCUGACGCCAUCCCUGCCGCCGGCGCGGGUGCCAGCACCGGCCACCGGUCUCCCGCCGCUGGAUCGGCGGCUGUGGGGCGCGACGUUGGCGGCACACGCCACGCUCGCGUCGGCGUGUGGGCUUGCGUCCAACGUGUCAGUCGCGGCGUGGAUGGGGACGCCGACGGCGGCGCGUGCCGAUGGUGGAGGCAUCGCACACGCCCAACUGCCGCACGCGUCGGCGCACAGCCACGGCCACACACCGUUGGUGCGCUCGGAUCCGGCGCUGGCGCUGGGUGUGGUGGCACCGGAGCGGCGGGCGUGGGUGAGCCGUGGGUGCAAGGCGCUGGCGAAGACCCGCUCGUGGCCGCGGCUGCACCACUCGCUGCCGGUGCUCCUUCCGGGCGUCGCCGAGCUCCCUGCCGAGCCGUCGCCGACGCGGCCGAGCGCACAGCGCAGCGUGGACAAGGGCGAUGCCAGGGCGCUGGUUGUCGUGCCUGUGGCGAGUCUGCCAACGCCGCGGCAGGCGGACAACAUUGCGUGGCUGGCGGCACGGAGUCGCGGCGCGAAGCUGCUCCUCCUUGCAGCGUCGGAGGCUAUUGCUCGUGAGCUCAAGGCUGCCGGAAUGACCGCAGCCGCGACGGUGCGGGUUGUGGAAUGCAAGCGAGAAGUUGAUGAGGCCGGGUUGCUCGCGGCGGUCGAGGCCGACGUGAUUGACGUUGCACAGGCCUCGGUUGUGGUGGCGGUCUCGGCCUCGCUCCGCGGACCAUUUCUUCCUGUCUACGCCAAGGGCAUCGCAUGGUGGGAUCUAGUGAGGAGGGCGGAGGGCGACACGGAGUGCGCGUCGUCGCGGAUAUACGGGGGGUACCUGUUCCGGAUAGCGACGGACUGGAGCGGGGUGCUCGAUCCGAGCUCGGCUGUGACCGGGCUCGCGCUUACAGCAUGUGGCACUGUGCCGGGCGCGGUCUCCCCGCUGGAGACCGUGUUUGUGCCGUACGGAUCUGCCGCGGACGACGAUACGCUGACGGGUGGCUGGGCAAGGGCUUACUCGCGUUACGCCGAGGCACCGGAUCGCGACGCCAACGCGCUGGCGCCGACGGCUGCGGUGGCGGCUGGAGCCGACGACGCGCUCGCGCUGGAGCUUGCGGUCAUGGCGGCAUGCGAUCUCGAGUUUGACGACGAGUACUUUCAAAAGCGGCACAACUAUGUGCUCGCGCCGGGCGGUGGGUACCUCCCGCUCUUUGCCGAGUACGACGAUGGCUUUGCGUUCUGGAAGGCCGAAGGCUUCCGCACCGGCAAGCACUACAAGUUCCGUCCGGCGAGCAACGGCCUCGCCGGCUCGGCCUGCCACGGCCUCACCCUCUACGCGCGGCAGCAUCGUUGGGUGGUUGCGCUUGUGGUUGUGGUUGUGGUUGUGGUUGUGGCUGUGAUUGUGAUUGUGAUUGUGAUUGUGAUUGUGAUUGAGGUUGUGGUUGUGGUUGUGGUUGUGGUUGUGGUUGUGAUUGUGAUUGUGAUUGUGAUUGUGAUUGUGAUUGUGAUUGUGAUUGUGAUUGUGAUUGUGAUUGUGAUUGUGAUUGUGAUUGUGAUUGUGAUUGAGGUUGUGGUUGUGAUUGAGGUUGUGGUUGUGGUUAGCAUCGAAGUUGCUCAUGAUUCAAAGAUGCAUCGGACAAAGACCCGCAUCUUGCCCACCGGCAAGCUCUCCGUCAACCAUGCGCUUGGCUUUGCUGCUGCCUCGGGCACGGCCGGUGUCGGGCUCCUCGCCGCUGCCUCCAACCCGCUCACCGCUGCUCUGGGCGCCGGCAACAUUGCCCUCUACGCAGGCCUCUACACUCCGCUCAAGCGAGUGCAUGAGAUCAACACCUGGGUCGGCGCCCUCGUCGGUGCCAUCCCGCCCAUGAUGGGCUACGCUGCCUGCAUGGGCACCAUCGAUGCCACUGCUGUCUACCUCGGCGCCACCCUGUUCUCAUGGCAGAUGCCGCACUUUAUGGCUCUCGGCUACAACCUCAAGGACGACUACCUGCGCGGCGGGUACAAGAUGAUGCCGUCGUUUGAUGCGCCCAAGGCUGCGGCGGUCUCGCUCCGGCACUCGGCUGCACUGGGCGCUAUGGGCGUCGCCGCCCCGCUCAUGGGCCUCACGACCCCGCUCUUUGCCCUCGGCGCCACCGGCGUCAACGCCAUCCUCAUCGCCCGUGCUUGGUCGUUCUACUCUUCGCCAAACAACGCCACCGCACGCGCGCUCUUCCGCACCACCCUCUGGCACCUCCCGCUCCUCCUCACCAUCAUGCUGCUGACCAAGGCCGCGCUGGAGGACGAGGCCGCGCCGGCUGAGGACGCCGACCGCGGCGCCGAUGUGCCGGCUGCAGUGGCAUGA